GUUGGCCAAACAGAUUGGAAGGAACCUCUCACAGAAUACCUCCACUUACGUGUCAGCAUGGAGCGAUUGUACCCGACUCAAAGACUAAGGCGGAAGUGCUUGCCAUGAUCUUUGCUGCCAACUCCACUGUGGACGCCGCCCACCCCCCUCCCCUUCCAACGUCCAAGUGCCGUCGAUUCAAAGGACUACACUAUGCGGAAAGUUACAUUCAGACAUAAGACGUUUUUUUGAGAAAAUGCUUUUCUCAACAGCUAUACUCCUACUAGGAUACGUUAACUUAGGACACUCAUAUACAAAAUAUGGAAGAUCUUGUAAGGACAUCGGUUGCCCUAGCAACCAGAUGUGCGUCAUGGAAACAGACCCCUGCAGUUAUUACCAGAGAGAUGGGAACUGUGGCUCGUAUCCAACGUGCAAAAAAAUGACGAACGCUGCCCGAACCUGUGCAACCUAUGUGUGCCCUCCAACUCAAGUUUGUAAAAUGGACGGAAACACUCCAAAGUGUUUCUCUGAUAGCAGCAAAAGUCAGGUGUCUUAUGAUACCAAGAACCAGAACAACGUAGGGGGUAGCGCUCCACAACCUAGCGCUCCAGUAGCUCCAAGUGGUGGCCUAUAUCCGAGCAUACCACAUGGAGAAACUACUCCACGACCAGGUGGAUAUCGACCCCCUUCUGGUGGUGGAUAUCAAGGUGGCGCAGUAGGAUCAGGAUAUCCUGGAUACGGCGGAUAUACUCAACAACAUGCUGGUGGAAAUUAUCAACAAGGAGGCUACCCUCAACAAGGAGCAUAUCCUCAAGGUUAUCCUCAGUAUCCACAAGGAUAUCCUGGAUAUGGUGGAUACCCACAACAGCGCUCUGGUAGUUACCCUCAGCAAAGUGGAUAUCCUCAACAAGCAGCGUAUCCUCAAGGAUAUCCCCAAUAUCCACAAGGUCAAGGCGGUUACCAAGGUUACCCAGGUUACCAAGGCUAUCCAGGUUAUCAGCAAGGUUACGGACAAAACAGAUACGGCCAAAAAUCUUCUGGAUCUUCAAUAACCGAUCAGAUAACGAGCUCGCUGAAGUCUAUAGGUACAGAUCUACUGAAAAAUGCUCUAAUAAAGGCUAUCGCUGGCAAAAAUUGACAAUACUCUUAGUUUUGUGUACAAUUAGUAGAUCUUAAUGCAUUUAUUAUAUGUCGCAGUGCUUGCUAUCUGUAGUGUAACGUCUAUUUAUCAUAAUGGGUAGAUGACCUAGUCUUUUAGCAGUAAAAAACCAAAAUGCCAUAUAUUGACAAAAGCAGUGAUGUAAAUAUUUAACUUAUGUUAGUUAAGUUUUUGCGCAACUGAUGCAGUUUGGGCGGUAUUUUUUUUUGCUUGCACUAAUAAUGUAUUUACUAAAAGCGUGAAAAUAUUACCCAAAUCAUAAGUUAGUUUCAAGACCCUAUAUAUCGUUGGAAGCCUUUUUUUUAAAUGCUAAUUUUAACACAAGUUUCUCCAAGCUUAGCAUAAUGCCCCGAAACCUGAAUCCUUACACUAAUCUCUUUCUUUUUUGCAGGGCUAUUCUGCGUCAUAAUAAAUUACCUAUUAUCAAGAAUGUACGGAGUAUGAAACAUUACUGAUCGCAUUUAGUAGGCGUAAUUGUUCCUUUUUUUAAAUAAAUUGUUGAUUAUAUAACUCCAGUAAUUUAAAUUUGCCAUAAAUCUGCCGCAAGGUGAGUAUUGCUGUUAAAUGUACACUGCCAUUCAUAAUAUUGUAGAAAAACUAACAAAAACUUGUUUCUAACCACCUACAAAAUAACUCAAAUUGAUCUGCAGUUUUCUACACUUGAAGUUCCUGAAGCUUUCUUUCAUUAUUUUUUUUUUGUUCUGUUAUUGGCACUUCCUGAAGCUUUAUAUAUUCACAUAUUCUAGAUAUCAAAUCAAUGUUCCAUUGAGUUUGGAAAUUUUGAAUACUCCAAACACAUCUGAAAUACACUUUAUAAUUUGCAUUUUUAGAGGCAUCGAAAUGUUUGUCCAAAUCUAAAUAUCUGAGAACAGUAUAAAAAGCAAAAAUAUUAGUUUUAAAGUAUUUCUGAAUAUGAACGGUCGUGUAUAAACUAAAUAUCCUAACAGUGCUAACACAUUUUUGUUUUAUUUUGCAAUACUCCUGAAGUUUAUUUGAUGCACCAUGUUUUGCACUCCAUUACUGCAGAAUAGCCCUUUUUAACAGUUUUAACAACAAAUCUCUUCGAAAUCAUUUUUUUUAUAAAUACCUAUGACCAAAAAGCUUUUUUAACAAUUGCACCACUGGCUUUGGGUUCUACUAACUUGUCUUUGUUUUUGCUUAUAUUUUGAAUUUUCUUCAAGGUGGAUAUUUCAAAAAGCUGCGUAACUCCGUGAGUAAAACCUUAGGAAUAUCUUCGUGAACUGUUGCAUUUUAUCUUUCGUGUUUGUAUAUUAGUACCUCACCCACGAUAAUAAUACUCAUUAUAUUUUUGAUAACAACUUAGUUUAGUAAGUGGUAGGAAUAAAAUUGUGUAUAUUUUAAAUUUAUUAUAUAUAUAUA